CAAGUUUCAGUAGCUAAAGUAUCUGCAGAAAUUAGAACGGAAAAAAAAAAAAGUUAGUACCUUUCGUAUGAAACUCAGAUAUAUACAAACCAGUAUGAUAAAAAGACUGAUUACUCACUAGUUCAAACAAACAGAAGGCGUGCCAAAAUGUAAUUUCUACCGUGUAGGCAAAUUCUUCACAGAAAAUGUACACUCGACCAAAAAAAAAAAAAAUGUACAGUCUUGCUCGAGAACUGAUGAUAGUUGCGCUGCAAAAAGGACUACAGCAAGCCGCAACAAUAGAGGACUGCUGCAGGAUGCCCUACUGAUUCCUUCAUACCCAUAUAACAGAAUUUUUGCCAUCCUUGACCAAAAUAUUUGGUGUAUCAAAGCAUAAUACCACUCUGAAUGAUUUCCUGAUCACUGUAACAUGGUUCACAUAUAGGCAAGCAUUUUCUAAAACGAACUCAUCGAAGCGAAAGUAGUGGGGAGAAACUUUCCAAAUAAAAUAGCGACACUCCACCAAAUAAAUUUUUGUUUAACCUAGUCCAUCCAUCAAUCUGUUAUAGGUAGCAAUAUCAGGUAUCAAACCCUUGUCCAACAUCUCCUCCACUAGAGCUUUGCCCUCCUCCUUCCUAGCUUCUUUAGUAUAGCCAUAUAUCAAGAUCCUGUAAGUCAUACCAUCAGGUUCAAGACCCUUACUGGCAGCCAACAACCUCAACUUAUUAGCGUCCACAGCCCUUCCUGCUUCACACAUGUCGCGAAGAAGACAGUUCAAAGUAAUACUAUCCGGUAAACUGCAUUCUCUUAGCAUCCUUUCAACAAAUCUACAUGCCUCAUCAAUUCUUCUAUUACAUCGAAGACUUUCAACCAAAACUAUGCAAGCAAUUAAGCUCGGAGAAUACCCUGAACCCCACAACUCAUCCACGAUCACCAUUGCUUUCCCUACAUUUCUGUCAUGACAGAGCCUCUCAAUUAGCUCGAAAUAAUCAAAAGAUUUAGGAAGAACCCUCUUUCUCGAGAAAUCAAUCAGCAAGUUGCAUGCUUCCAUGAUCUUCCCACCUCUAUGAAGUCCAUUAAACAAAAUCUCACAAGUUACACUUGAAAGCUCACAAUCUAGUUCAAUCAUCUCAUGAGCCAUUCCUAUUCCUUGUUCCAAUUUUCCUUCCCUGAAGAACCCUUUGAUCAAAGUGUUGAAGCUAACCACAUUAGGAACACACCCUUUGUUCUUCAUUUCCUUAAACAUUUCCAAAGCCAAUUCAAACUGUGAAUUCUUACAGUACCCACUAAUUAAAGUAUUAAACGAUAUCACAUCAGGCUUAACCCUGUCCCUAAUCAUCUUUUCGUAAAACUCCAGAGCCUUCUCAAAGUGCUUAUAUUUCACAAACCCGUUAAUUAUUAUAUUGUAUAAAGCAACGUUUGGCUUCCCAUCAAUCAGUCUUUUCAUCGAAUCAAAAGCAAACAAUGCAUCAUCGAAUCUACCAACUCUACAGUAAGUAUUAAUGGCGAAACGGAAUAUGGGUUCAGUUUUAGGACAAGAGAAGAUACCAUCCGAGCAGGGGCAGGGGUUGGAAGCCAUGAACUGAACGAGAACAUUCAGGGAAUCAAAGCGGUCGGAGGUGGCAAGCGAUCGCGUCAUCCACUCGAACGUGUUGUGGUCGUGCCGGAAAGUGUCGAGAGUCGCGGCGUAGCGGAAAAGGUGGAAGUCGAGGUGGGUGAGUGCGGGAUGAUGGCGAAUGCGAGACUUGAGGAAAGACACCAAUUCCUGAGGAGUGAAGGAGGGUUUAAGGUGCACCUUGACCACAUUAAUCAGUUGGUCGAAUUGCUUUUCAGUCGUCGGAACUAAAGAGGAUGCUGAGGAAGAGUCCGGGGCCGGUAGUGGCGGUGGAGCCGACCGGACUCCGGUGGGUGGUUUUGGAACUGGUUUGCCCAGCUUCCUGAGCAUCAUUUUUUUCAUUGUUUCUUUUUUCUUUUUUGAUGGAGGACAACAGUUACGGAAAAUAAGACCUUGGGGGGCUAAUAACAAAAUACAGAAAGUUCUGGGGGGCUAAACAAGAAGACUCUGUUUUCCAUCCCGCUUCCAUUUUUCGGUGUUGACCGGUGGUUUAAGCUUACCGGCGGCUUCCAAGUCUCACAACUGGGAUCCAAGGAAGCAAUUCUGGUGUUCCCAACGCUGUUCUGUUUGUCUUAAACAGAUAGCCUUGUCGAAGAAGCAUUGAUUAUUGGCGAGCGUUAAGUGCCUACGCCUUCAAGUUUGAGCUAAGUGGAAGAUGAGAGUUCAUACAAGAAUGCAGAACCUUCCUUCAUUAUGUAGGAGUACGAGCUCUGCCGUGUGGAAUCCUCAAUCUUUGAACAGAUUUCUGAGAGUAUCCCCUUUUCCACUACAAGGACCUCGAAGGUUAUCCAUACAAUGUGGAGUUAAAUUUCGUCCAUGCAUCGACAUCCACAAGGGUAAAGUGAAACAAAUCGUAGGAUCCACUCUUCAAGAUACUAAGCAGGAGAAUUCGAGCCUCAUAACUAAUUUUGAAUCUGAUAAACCCGCUGCUGACUUUGCUAAGCUUUACAAAGAAGAUGGACUUACAGGUGGUCACGUGAUCAUGCUUGGAGCUGAUCCAUUGAGCAAAUCAGCUGCUAUUGAAGCAUUAUUCGCUUAUCCUGGUGGUUUGCAAGUUGGAGGUGGUAUUAACACUAGCAAUGCUCUUAGUUACAUAGAGGAAGGAGCUAGCCAUGUCAUCGUCACCUCAUACGUUUUCAGCAAUGGUCAAGUGGACCUUGACAGGCUUAAAGAACUUGCUCGUGUGGUUGGAAAAGAAAGAGUUGUGUUAGAUCUUAGCUGCAGAAAGAAGGAGGGCAAAUACUAUAUCGUCACAGACAGGUGGCAGAAUUUUACUGAUGUGUGUCUUGAUCAGAAGGUGUUGGAUUUUCUGGCUGGUUUUGCUGAUGAGUUUCUGGUCCAUGGAGUUGAUGUUGAAGGAAAAAAGCUUGGAAUUGAUGAAGAGCUUGUGUCAUUGCUCGGAAAACAUUCUCCAAUUCCUGUGACAUACGCUGGGGGAGUGACCGUAAUGGCAGAUUUGGAGAGAAUCAAAAUUGCAGGAAUGGGGCGUGUGGAUGUUACAGUCGGAAGUGCCUUGGAUAUCUUUGGUGGAAACCUAGCAUACAAAGAAGUCGUCGCUUGGCACGCCCAACAGGAAACUUUGGUGCACUGAAGGUCUGUACCCUUGUUCCCAGCACCAAGAUUCUCCAAAAUAUUGUACUAUUAUAGUGUGGGGUGUCAUUGCUUGUGACGUUAGGUUGAGUUUGAUGAACCUCAUCAAUCAUCAUUAGUGUCUCUUUUUUGGUGAAAAACAUCAGUUGUCGAUUAAUUCUUUUCCGAUUUACUCCCUCUGUCCCAAAAUUAUUGUCCAGUUUGAGAUUUCACUUUUAGUAUAAUUUGAACUAAAAAUGAAAAUCCAAACUGGACAAUAAUUAUGGGAUAUGGGACGGAGGGAGUGUAUCUUUAUUUUUGUUUGAUCGAUUUAUGAGACUUCCUUUGCAGUUCCAAUUUAUGAUUGCAUGGUUGAGAAUUUGUAGAUGGUAUGAAUUGAAAAGAAGGAUCCUCAAGGCCAUUCGGCAAUUAUCAUCCAAGUGUGGUCGCAUAUCCUUGAUUCUUAAAUAUUGUAGAUGCUAGCAGGAAUGAAACCACUAUAAGAAAAUGGUCUAAAACAAAAACAGCUCUGCAAAAAUUUCAGGCUGCUGCAUUUCCUGAUAUUACACAAUGGCAGCAGUUAUAUCCGGGACUGUCUCUGCAACAGAAAUUGUGCAGAUCCUAAGGUAUUGAUGAUUAAACGAGCAGUAAGCACUACGGACAGCACGAUCGGGUUUCUUACGAGGGGCAAUUCAAUCCUUACCUAAAAAUGCCAAAUUGCCAAUGCAGCCAUUCACAUCUACGGUUGUAAGGGGCAAUUUGAAAUGAAAAGUGACGAUAAAAUGCAAAGGAUAAGAGACUAAGAGAGUAUGAACUGUUUGCAAUACGUGAACCAAUUGGUGUGAUACUCACUGCCUCUAGAAAACAUAAAAACGCAGAAAAAGUGUGUUGAUCAGUAACCAAUCAAGCCAAUAUGGAUCUUGGAGAAGUUGCAUACCCCUAAACCCUAAUCAUCACUUCUAAUAAAAUAUUACCUUAUUUCCAAAAUCAAAAUUAGUCCAUACCAAGUUUUGAAAUUUGUACCAAUUGUUUUUUAUUUUUAUUUUAUCUUUUUCUCGUUAGUUCAUAUUUUCUCAAGUUCUAUUUACAAAUUAUUAAAGCUAAGAGUUUUUAAAAUUUUUUGUGUCUUUUAUGAAUAUAACGGAGG